AUGCGAUUCUCGCGACCAACACUUGCGCUUCUUGCGCUCCCAACUACGAUCCUUGCCGUCAGUCUCUCCGACUUCACGCCGCGCGUGUCCGACCUUCCUUCGAGCUGCCAGACGGUAUACACGCAGUCCAUCAAUGGCUGCCAAGCUUCCGAUUUCUCGUCGGGUACCUGCAGCACAGCCUGCGUGAAAGCGCUGAAUUCGUUUACUUCCAAGGUGAAGACGGCUUGUGGGAACAAGGACAUCGAAGGUGGAAACAUUAUAUCGACGUUCCUGUCUGGUGGUGGACCGGUUUCGCUGUGUCCGAAUGCAAACAGAGUGCUGGGGGGAGACUCGGAUAGCACCACUGCAGCGGCAACCACCAGCGCACCAGCUGCUUCCAAAACUGCAAUCAACAGCAAGGCGAGCUCUUCAUCAGCAACCUCAACCUCAUCUAGCGAGUCUACGUCCUCGACAUCGACAUCUUCUUCAUCACCGGCUCUGGGCGGUACGGCGACAGCAACCAGCCUGGCGUCAUCCACCUUGGCUCUGGGUGCAGCAUCGAGUAGCGGUAUUCUGGUGGACACCUCAACCGUACCGACAGCUACUUCCACUCCCACCUCAUCAUCCACCGGAAACGCGCAAGCGAACAUGAACGACAACAGCGGAGGAGGCAGUCCAUUUGACAGCGAGGGCAACAUGAGCUCACUCGCGCCCUCGACGACUUCUUACUCCCUCGUCGCGAUGCUCCUCACGACCGGAAUGGUACUUUUCGCGACGCUACGAUAG